AUGAGAAUCAGAGUGAAGACGUUGGAUCGAAAAGAUGAAGAACUCGACAUUGCAGAUGAUGCAAGUCUCGGUACUUUGCGGAAAGUAAUAGAGGAGAAGAUGGGUAUUUUGGAAUCGAGACAACGGCUGAUUUUUCAAGGACAUCCACUUUUGAGCAAUGAUCGACUUCUGAAGGACUAUGGUAUUACAGACGGAUUAACACUUCACAUGGUGGAGCGUCCAGCCAACGCUGGUCCUCCAUCUGGACUGAAUUCGCAGCUCUCUGAUCUCGGACAUGGUAGCAAUGAUGAGCACAUUGAAAACGCGCGAGUUAAUGUGAUAAAUGGUGAAAUGGUUAUCAUACGCAAUUCUGUAUUUCAGGAUGCAGGUAGCACAACGGAGUUAGUAAGAGAGGCGCUUUCAAAUGUGUUAGGUGCUGUCUUUGAUCGCACUUCAGUUGAUGUAGAAACUCAGGAAAACACACCGCGAUCUGGUGAUUUGACAUUGCGAGUACAUAUUCGAGGUGCUAAUGUACGUCAUAUGAAUUCUGGAGCACUCAGUCGAAUUAAUUUCAUCUCUGAUGGAUUAAGCCGCAGCGAGCGUACCUUACAACUUCUUGAGAAGGAGCCAUUUUUAUCGUUAAUGGCUGAGGGUUAUGAACGCGUUAUGCCUCCCUUAAGAAAUGAUUUCGAACGUACAAAAUUUGGUGAAACAGUUUUGGAAUUAGAGGAAGUACUUCAUAUUCACCGUGCAGAUUUGUCAAUUAACUCUGAUGAUUCAGAAUUAGAUGAUGAAGAUGAAACUCAGACAACAAGUUCAACACCGGACAAUAACCCACACCAACUUGUGGUUUUAAGAAAUGCCACACCAAAUGAUUACACGGUAUUACUUCGACGAAUACUAGGAGUACAAAAUCUGGCAAAUUACCAUCUAAAGCAUUAUCAUGACAUGAUUGUUAAACGAAACAAUAUGCCAAAUAACCGUGCCAGAUGUAUCGCAUUAUGUUUUCAAGAAAAUUUUCGACGUGUUCUGCACCGUCUUUCGCAUGCCUACCAUUCAAUCUCCGAUAUCUUCAUUAAUUAUUCGGAUCCUGACGCGCCUUUGGAACCAAGCGCUAUGGAACGCCAUGAAGAUCCAACAACUGAGAUUAUCCUUACUUUGGUAUUUGCUGCACAAAAUGAGCAGAGUUCUCGAGACAGAUCAGUAUCUGAGGGAGGUCAACAGCCUGCUGAUGGUAACAUCAAUAUUCAUCACAUAGUUCAAAAUGCGAGUCAAUCACGAGCUUUUCGUUUAUCUCAGUCUAUGAGAGGUAAUCAAUUACGAUCAUAUCCAGUUUUAAAUCCCACAAUUCGAGCACCAACAAUUAUUACAGUUCCAGACAUUACUGCUGGGGGAAAUCGUAUGCCAUUCGUGUCUUCAGGUCCAGUUCAUGUACAAAGUGCUCGAUUACAUGUAGCACCUAAUGCACAUUCUGGAGUGCGUAUGGAAACCUCUGAAACAUUCAAUUUAAAUGCCAAUCAAACAGAACGAGAGAAUCCUAAUGGCCAGUCUGUUUCCUCUAAUUCUGCAGGAAAUCAAGCACAGUUUGCCUUCUCUUCAAAUAUAGAUGGAGCAAUGAAUACUGCUGUUCGUGGUGGUAUCCAGAAUUUCAUCCGAAAUAUAUUGCCAAAUGCGUUGGGGAACAUGACAUCUGUGCAAACUGCACUAUCUAGUACUCAGACUGGUGCAAAUGCUAGUCGUCGACGACAUCCAGCGUUCAGUGUGCAUAGUCAUCAGCAGUCUGGGCAGUCAGGUCAGAUGCAGCCUUCGGCACGUGCCUUCUUAGGCUCGUCAACUCCUGCAUUCCAUGGUCCGGGAAUCGUUGGACAAGUGAUCGUGCGUACAAAUGGACCGGCAAAUACCGAGGCGGCUCGUCGUGCCCUUGAUGCUGCAAUGCAAGCUGCGACGGCUGCAGUGGGUGAAAACGGUGUGCAUGUUCAGGUCAACGGAUUGCCGCGAAUUAUACCGUCUGUAGGCAGAAAUAGAAGUAAUAUUAUGUGGGCACGACGAACUUACACCAAUCGAGGAGACAGAGAAGGAGGUUUAGAGCAUUCAAAUGAUAUGUUUAUUGGGCCUAAUUAUCCAAAUGACUCAACAAUUUAUACGAAUGACCCGCAUUUGAACUGUCAAAGCAAUUUAUGUAAUCCUCGAGCAAAUAUUCACAAUUCGGCAGCCUAUGAAACACUGAUAAGUGAUUUGUAUCAGGCAACAUUAAGGUAUAAAGAAAGUCUCGAUCCCCAAUCAUCUGAAUUUGCUGAUGUAGAAGCACUAGUACGUCGUUGGGAUCAAGUCAGAGGCAUACAAGAUUCUGAUGCUCAUGUUGCCGUUAAUCAACGAGGGGAAGCUCUCUUUGAACGCCCAGAACAUUUCAAAAACGUUCUUACAUCAAUGUUAAGACGAGCAGUUGCAAAUUUAGCUGAUGCAGAUGUUGAUAUUGCUCGUCGUUUGAAUGCUUCGCAGGGCGAAUAUGAUGUUUCCAAUUAUGGUAUGGUACCGGUAAUUAGUACACCACUACAUGGGUUCGAAGUUCCCGGCCCGCCAAUAGGUUCAAUUGAAUUAGAUUCUGUGGAUAUUGAGGCUUUUGAUCCUUCGCAAGAAAUGCAGAUGAGAGAUGAUAACCUGGGGGAGGAUUCAAACGCUAACCGUACUGAUGCCACCCAAGAAAGUGUUUCGUCAGAAACUGAGGCAUCUAAUGCUGCUGGUGAUGGUAGUUCAACAGAAAAUGAUUUGAAUAUUAUUGAAAUGAUAAGGACUUUAUCAGAUUUGAUGCAAUCAGGCCGUUCAACAACACUUGCGCAAGUGAUGCGUGAGAUAGGACAACCAGUUACACGCCUUGAUACAGGCUUUGUAAAUUUGGUUAUGGUACUGGCAUACGAAAUAUUGCAAAUUCCUGAAGUUGUGCAAAUAUUGAAUGGAAAUUUCUCUUCUUUAAGCAAAAAUCGACAUCAAAUGCGUCAUUUUUUGAUUCAGAAUGUAUUCAAUGACAACUGCCGACCAUCUGAUGAAGAUCUUAAAAAUGCUGCUGAACGUGUAGCGUUAGCAGAAGAGAAGUUGGAUCGUUUUCUUGCAUAUAGUGAUGUUCAUCGUUACGCGGAUGUUGAUGGCGUUGGUCGAGUAGAUCUAGUUGCCAGUGUUUUACGUUUGGAAAAGCGAAUUGUAGAAGAAUUCUUGCGCCAUUUGAUGCGUACCGAUGAUGAUCUAACGCCGGAAGAAUACUCGAAAACCAUUGUCGAUAUGUUCACAGCUUAUGUUUAUCGAGCUGUUCUGCUAACAAAUUUGUCAAUGAAGGGCCAGCCUUACGACUAUGAGAACCUUCUGCUUCGUUUUAUGGAAACACCUACAAGAAUCACCGAGCAACAUCUGUCAGUUUCAAUGGCACAGAUGAGUAUGUCUCAUAUAAGGCUUUUAUUGCGUCGGGAAACUCCUUUCACUGUUCAUGACAUGAUGGAAGAUAUUGUUCUUGCAAAUGAAGAUGAUCAAACAGCUGAAUCGAGCAGUUUUACUAUAAAUGAUCAAACAGCUGAAUCGACCAGUUUUACUACAAACAGUGAAGUUGGGUGUGUAUCAUCGGAUUCCUCUUUUAAAUGCGAUGAGUCGGGUAAAGAAAAAGAUGAUAAAGAUAAAAAAUCGGAUAAUCCAAAGGUACAAGAUGCGCAAGAGACUGUACCAGGUGGUAGCUGGAUGUCUAUUUUACCAAAGGAUUGGGUCUCCGUAAUUCAAGAUGAUAAGAAUCAUUCAGUACCUAGAAAUGUAAAAGCAUUUAGUGAUGCUUAUUUAGGUGGUUCUUCAACAAAGAGAAAGGGAAUGAAGGUAACUACAGAAGGCUCUUCGGAUGGUAUGGUGUCUUCUGCCGUCAAGAGAUCUUUGGAGGAAGCUAUGUCUAGUUCUGGUUUUACAUCUGCAGAUGUUCCCACUUCGGCUGAAGCAGCAGAUGUACUGCAGAAUGAAUUUGAUGAUUUGGUACGACAGCGAGUAGCAAACGAUGAGAAAUUCGAACCUGAGAAAUAUCCAGAAUUGAAUAAAUUCCUGAAAAAAAAAGAUUCCUAA